CUUAGUUUCCCUUUCUUUCUUUCCUCAAUAAAUUUCUCCACACAUGGCUCCAACCAAUGUUCAAACCAUUAAAGCAUUAAGUGAGUCAGGGGCUCUAUCCUCAGUUCCCUCCAAAUACAGCUUCGCUACAAACCCUAAUGAUCUAGCCAAUCCGAAUGACCCCGAUCAUUCAAUCCCCACCAUUGAUUUUUCACUCCUCACUUCUGGUUCUCCUCAACAACGCUCCACGACUCUCAAUGAUCUUAAAAGGGCCUGCGAAGACUGGGGAUUCUUCAUGGUGAUCAACCAUGGUGUUGAGGAGAGAGUGAUGAAAGGGAUGCUCCACAUGUGUGAAGCCUUCUUCGAUUUGAGGGAUGACGACAAAAAAGAGUUUCAAGGGACCGCUAACGUUUUGGACCCGAUCAAGUGCGGCACUAGUUCUAAUGUUGCCAUUGAUAAAGUUCUUCUUUGGAGGGACUUUAUCAAGGUCAUAUCUCACCCUCACUUUAAUUCACCCCACAAGCCCCUUGGUUUCAGUGAGGCAGCGUUAGAGUUCAGCAAAAGAACAAGAGAAGUGGCAACCGAGCUGGUGAAGGCCAUAUCGGAGACCUUGGGACUAGAAGCUGAUUACAUAGCUAAAGCAACCAAUUGGGAUGAAGGGUUACAACUCUUGGCUGCCAACUACUAUCCAGCUUGCCCGGAGCCAGAGCGAGCCAUAGGAAUCCCACCUCACACGGACCAUGGGCUUGUGACCCUUCUCAUCCAGAACCAGAUGGGUGGUCUUCAAGUCCUACACAAAGGAAAAUGGGUCAACUGGGAUGCUGUGCCUAAUGCCUUUGUUGUUAACCUUGGUGACCAAAUGCAGGUGUUGACUAACGAUACGUACAAGAGCGUAUGGCAUAGAGCUGUGGUGAACAACAGAGCAACGAGGAUCUCCAUAGCAGUGGCACAUGGGCCAUCGGUGGACACGGUGGUCGUAGCAUCACCGGAGCUGUUAGAGAGACAAGGCCAAUCGCCGCUUUAUGCCGGAAUGUCAUACAGAGACUACAUAGAACUUCAGCAAAGCAGCAAGGGAUACAUGAAACCUUGCAUCGACUACAUAAGGAUUUCGGAGUAAAUCUGGGCUUCUAUAUUUACAAAAUAUAUAUAAGUAUAUAAUUUUGAUUUUUUAGGCGUGGUUGUCUUGUAAUUAAAAAAAAAAAAAAUUAGUUGGGUGUAUGUCCCAGCAGAGCAGUUAUGGUAGUAGAGUUAUUGAUUCGUUCUAGAGCUCGAAUAUCUGCUUCUUGACUAGGGCGACUAGUAAGUUUGGGUUGUGUUGUUUUUUUCUCUUCUUGGAGCUAUAAUGUUGUGACCCACAGAAUAGUAGUGUUGAAAAUUAAGAUGAAUUUGGGUGAGAACUCCAAAUUUGCUUGAAAACUAAAGGUUAAUACGAGAGAUAAUAUUAGAAUGUGAAA